AUGGCUGAGUUCGUUGAGGAGGGCAUCGAAGGGCUGCUGCCGGCUUUCGAGGCGUUGCGUGACGUCCAACUGCUUUCACCAGCUGAACUGGAAUUGUUGCCGAAACGCUGCGUAGCAUAUGAAUAUCGUAUUCAAAGAGGCAACAAGGAUGUGGAAUCAUUCCGUGCCUAUGUUGAGUAUUUAAAAGUGCUGAUCAAGUUAAUCCGUUUGCGAAGGAAGCGAAUGAAAUUUCAACGAACGAAGGAGAAUGAAAUCGAAGGCGUACUCAAAACCAAAAUUGUCUCCUUGUAUCGCCAGUGCUGUGAACGUUUCCAGGCAAGCCUUUUCGGCUUCUCAUUUCAGCUACGAGUGAAUGGUUUUGUGGAUUGA